AUGGCAAAACGUGGGAGGGCUGCUAUUUUGCCGACUAAUAUUAUUCUGCUGCAAAAUUUGGUGAAGCGUGAUCCGGAAUCAUACCAUGAAGAGUUCCUACAGCAAUAUGCCCAUUACGAGUCAUUGAGAGAUAUCUUUAUGCUGCAAGGUUUGACAGGUUCGGAGAAUAUCGGAGUCUCUGGUGAAACAGGUUCUUCUGGUUCUUCAGGUACCACAAGUACAACCGAGCAGCUUCUUGAGCUAAUCGGCUUUGUUUCGCAAGUCUGUUCAUGUUUUCCCAAGGAGACCGCAAACUUUCCUGACGAGCUGAAGCAAUUGGUUCUUGAGCAUCACAAAUCACUGCCGUUUGCAUUAAAGGAAAAGAUCAUCGCAUCACUGACGAUGCUGAGAAACAAAGGUGUGAUCACAGCUGAACAAUUUAUUCAGACAUUGUUCCCUCUGCUGAUUGCUUACUCGUCUCAAGGCAAUGCCUUAACAGUAAAUUCCCAUGCGCGUGAACUGAGACAACUGAUAUACAAGAAUCUGAUUUCCUUGCUGAAGAGCUGUAACACAGGAUCGAAAAACCAGAAGCUGAACAGAUCUACCCAGGCUGUCUGCUUUAACUUGCUCGACCAGCCCGACUCUCAAGGUAUUUGGGCUUCCAAGCUGACGAGAGAGCUGUGGAGGCGAGGCAUUUGGGAUGAUUCCAGAACUGUUGAGAUCAUGACCCAGGCGACACUACACAGUGACGUGAAGAUCGCCAUCUCAGGAGUCAUGUUCUUUCUAGACGCAGAUAGAGAACGUGAGGCCAAUUUCGAGGAAGAUUCUGACGACGAAGGAGGAUUCGAUCUGGAUGCAGUUAAACAUAAGAUGCAGGUUAAUAAGAAAACCGGUAGACGUAAUAAAAAAUUAGAGAAUGCUAUCAAGACUUACAAGAAGAAAAAAAGCGGUUCCGGACAGCCCAGCGGCUAUCUGAAUUUCAGUGCAAUCCAUCUUUUGCGAGAUCCACAGGGAUUCGCUGAGAAGCUUUUCAACCAGCAUUUAUCUGGGAAGAGUAAUACGAAGUUUGACCUUGAUCAGAAGAUCUCGCUGAUGCAGCUGAUCUCCAGAAUGGUUGGUACGCACAAAUUGAUGAUUCUGGGGCUAUACACUUUCUUCCUGAAGUAUCUAACUCCGAAGCAAAGAGAUGUGACAAAGAUAAUGUCGGCGUGUGCCCAAGCAUGUCACGAAUUGGUGCCACCAGAGAACUUACAAGUACUUGUCCGCAAGAUCGCAGACGAAUUCGUGUCAGACGGUGUCGCCUCCGAGGUGGCGGCGGCUGGUUUGAACACCAUCAAAGAAAUAUGUUCUCGUGCACCUCUGGCGAUCGACGAAACCUUGCUGCAGGAUCUAGUGGAGUACAGGAGCUCCAAGGCGAAGGGUGUCAACAUGGCGGCCAAAUCGCUGGUGACCCUGUACCGUGAGGUUGCGCCAGAGAUGUUGAAGAAGAAGGACCGUGGUAAGGUUGCCUCUAUGGAAUUGCAGGAAGCCAGACGUGAAGGCCAGGACAUCAAGCAGAAGAGACCGCAAUUUGGUGUCGAAACUGACCAAGUCGAGGGCAUUGCUGGUAUUGAACUGCUUGCCAAAUGGAAACAAGAGAACGGGGACGGCGACGAGGACGAGGAAGCCAAUUGGGAAGUCGACGAGGAAGCCGCCAGUGAGGACGAUGUGGACGGUGAGUGGGUCACCAUUGAAAGCGAUAAAGAGUACGAUGUCGAGAUGAGCGACAGCGACGACAAGGACUCUGAUCUGGAACUCAGCGAAGACGAAGACGGCGACGCCGGCAAGAAGCCUGCAAAGAUCGAGCCAGAGGAGGCAUUUCGCGACCUUGCAUCUACCAGAGUGCUCACCCCAGCUGAUUUCGCAAAGCUGAAUGAACUGCGCGCUGAAGAAGGUGUCUCCAAGCUAAUGGGCUUCCCAAACAAGAAGAACGAAGAGCUCGUCGACUCCGAGACCCUGGUCGGCCCCGUCAAGUACAAGCAGACCCGUGAAGAGAGGAUCCAGAAGAUCAUGGAGGGCCGCGAAGGCCGUGACAAGUUUGGCAGUCGACGCGGCAAGCGGGACAAGGCUCACUCGACCACCAACAGAGAAAAGGCCAGAAAGAAGAAUUUUGUCAUGAUGAUCCACAAGCGCUCAGUACAGGGCAAGCAGAAGAUGUCGCUGCGAGAUAAGCAGAAGGUUCUCCGUGCUCACAUCACAAAGCAAAAGAAGAAGGGAUUCUAG